AUGUAUAAUCUAAUAUGGCAUUACUUCUACAUUCUACAUAGUUUUCCUUGGUUUUGUGGAGCAUAUGGGCUGGCUCGUCCGAACAAAAAGAUCCCUCGUCUGCAUCUUUUUCUCACAGUAAAAACAGGGACGAAGAAGUCGGUUGUACGACGCGAUCUUAAAGACAAGUACAAGUGUGACGCGAAAGAAUAUUUUAGGCUCCUGCAAGAACCUAAAAGAAAACCAAGAAUGAAAUAUUUAGCAGAUUCAAGCGCCGAACCGUCGACAUCGACUGGUCCAUCUGUUCUCCCGUCACCUGUUGGUGGUGUACUAGCUUGCAUUUCUGGCAAUCCAGUUACAGAUAUGGCAGCAAAAGGAACGUUAACCAUUGUUUGUUAUAAAAAUGGACACCAUUAUGCACUUACCUGCUUUCAUGUCGGUUGUGCAAAUGACGAAACCCGUUUCAAUUCUACAUUUAAUGUCAACGUAGACAAUAUUCGGAAAAUUCGCAGUUCACUUCCAACUUAUGUGUUCCAUGCCCGUGAAAAAAAAUAUUGGUUUACAGAACGCGCGUUCGACAGCAAGAACAAACCCCUCUCGUAUGAAGACGAUCUAAGCAGCGACACCUCCCAUGGUAAUUUCCAUAAAUAUCAUUUUGAUAGUGAAUGCGACAUUUUGUCUGUGAAAGUUCCAGGAGAUACAAAUAUAAAUUGCAAAAUGACAGGUGUGACUUGUCUAGAUUUGAACAGUAUAUGGGUUGAGUUGCUUGAUAAAUUUGCUGAAUGGAAUGACAGUUCUGACAAUCCAGUGGAAGUGAAGAAAAUCGGAUUUUCGUCGGGCUUGACCUGCGGCCAUCUUGUUACAACCAGUUAUAAUCACCCCGACCUGUACAAGAAUGCAAUUGCUGUUAAGGGUUCAUUUUUGGAAAACGGCGACUCAGGCUCCCUUGUUUUCUUUCUUGACAAGAAUAAUCAAAGACAAGUUUUUGCUUAUGGUGUUUGCGAAAUAGAAGAGCUUCUCUCGGAAGAGCCCGAGUCAACGAAUUCCACUUCGCAUGAAAACGCCUUACUAGAACAGACAACCUUCUCCGACGAUAGUGAUAAUGAUGAUGUUUGCGAAAUGGAUAACGUUCUUUCACCAGAACAGCCCAAGACAACAAGUUCCACUUCGCAUGAAAACGCCUCGCCAGAACAGACAACGAUCUUCGACGAUAAUGACAGUGAUGAUAGUCCAUGGGAAGUCACAUUCGAUGACGAGAGUGAAAACAGCGCUACAAAUGUAAGGGGACCAUACUCUAUCUGUUUAAGAUUAGAUACCGCUUUAGAAAAGUUGGGGUUUGACAAAGCAUGUAUGAACGAUUGUG